AUGGUAGAGUUUGCCAUCAACAACUCGGUGCAUGCGUCCACGACACAUACACCGUUUUACGUGAAUGGCUUGCGCCAUCCGCGUGUACCCACCUUACUAGAGUGUAACUCUGGUUUAAGGGGGGGAGGGACUCGCGCGAGCAAAAACCGAUUUGGUUCACGCUCAUCACGCUCUGACGAAGAAGUCAUUGCGUUUGAUGCCGAUAUCGAUAACAUCGAUAUCGAAGAAGAUGAUGCCAGUGAGAGUGCGGAAGCCCUCACUGAAGACAAUGAUCCCAGUGAGAGUGCGGAAGCCCUCACUGAAGAAAAGGUUGUUGUCGCUGCAGUGCGCUCACAGCACACUGAAGCUAACGAGUCAUCAGAUGAGUUCAUACUGGCUCGUGAAACGGUAGUCCGUUUUGUGCAAGACUCCAUCGCCGAAGCGGUGGAUAAGCAAAAGCAAAACGCUGACAAGAAUGGAAGGGCAAACACUCUUUUUAUUUAA